AAGAAGACCAAAAAAAGAGCUUCUUCCACUACGUCGAGACAAGAAAGAAAAGUGGACGAUGCCGCUUCCCGAGAGCAAAAAGAAUGUCGGGCUCGGCCGGGCGCUGAUCAAUCGUCGAAACAAGGAGGCGGCGAGCCGGCCCCACUCGUCGUUCCACACGACUGACCUCGCCAAUCCCCGCUCCGGCGGGCCCGGGCUGGAGAGUGUGACGCACCAGGGCGACCUCGAAGAGUUUCUCAGCACGGCCCAGCUCGCCGAGGCUGACUUUACGGCGGAGCGGAGAAACGUCUCGGUCGUCCAGGCGCCAGACGCUGCGCUGGGCCAGGGCAAGGCCCGGCGGCACAACCCCUUUCUGCUCAGCGGCCAGGAGGAAAAGGAGGUGCUGAGGCGGCAGGCGGGUAACCGCAAGCGGCUGCGCGUCCCACGGCGGCCCGCCUGGAAUGACAAGACGACAAAGGACCAGCUGCGGCGCGCCGAGGCCGAUGCCUUUCUCGACUGGCGCCGCGGCCUGGCCGAGCUGACAGAGGCACAAAACUUUGUGCUGACGCCCUUUGAGCGCAACCUCGAGGUUUGGCGACAGCUGUGGCGUGUCGUCGAGCGGAGCCACCUCGUAGUGCAGAUUGUGGAUGCCCGAAACCCGCUGCGAUUCAGAUGCGAGGAUUUGGAAGACUACGUGGACAACAUGCCCGUCCGCCUGGGUGGGCCUGCUCCAGAGGGCGACAGCGAGGGAGAAGAGGAAGAGGACGAUGAGGAUGAGGAUGAGACGGCACCCUCGACGUCCUCGUCGUCAUCGUCGCCGUCAAAAAAGGGAAAGAGAAAGAACCUACUGCUUAUCAACAAGGCAGACCUGCUCGACGAAGGGCAGCGGCAGGAGUGGGCUCGCUACUUUGAAGAGCACGGCAUCGAGUACGCCUUUUUCAGUGCAGCCAAUGCAGCGGCACUCCAGGCUGCGCGCGCAGAGGCAGAGGCGCUGGCGGCCAGGCGAGCAGAGUACGGAGAGAGCGACGAAGACGAUGAAGAUGAAGACGAAGCUGAAGACGAGGACGAGGAAGACGAAGGAGUUCGACAGCUCAGCCGAGAAGCCAAGGCCGUCGACCUCGGCGCGCGCGAUGCCAAGCCGCUUGUUGGCCAGGAGGCUGCCGAGCAUGUACUCGAGGCCAACCGCAAGGUGAUUGAGCAGACGCUGCAGAGAGAGAGGGCCGCGGGAGGCAUGGACAACACCGUCGAGGCGGCAGCAGAGACAGCGGCAGGCGCAGGCGCACUCAAGGAUGCCGCCGACGGCACCGAGGCCAACAAGAAAGCAAACGACCCCACCCGGGUCCUCAAUGUCCUCGAGCUCGAGGAGCUCUUCAUGGCUCGCGCUCCUCCGCUGCAGGACUUUGAGACGCCCGAGCACGGAGUCCCCACCAAGCUCGUCGUCGGGCUGGUCGGCUACCCCAACGUGGGCAAGUCGUCGACGAUCAACGCGCUGCUGGGCGAGAAGAAGGUCUCGGUCUCGUCCACGCCGGGACACACGAAGCACUUCCAGACGAUUGCGCUGUCGCCUAGCGUGACGCUCUGCGAUUGUCCCGGUCUCGUCUUUCCCCAGUUUGCCACGACGAGCGCAGACCUCGUCGUCGACGGCGUACUCCCCAUCGAUCAGAUGCGAGAAUACACAGCACCGGCCGAGCUCGUCGCGCGACGGAUCCCUAAGGACGUCAUCGAGGGCACCUACGGCUUUCGCAUCGAGGUCGAGCACCCCGAAGAGGGCGGGUCAGGCGAGCCGACGGGCCUGGAGCUCCUCACGGCGUAUGCGAUUGCGCGCGGCUUUGCACGCCAGGGCCAGGGCAACCCCGACGAGUCGAGGGCGGCGCGCUAUGUGCUCAAGGAUUACGUCAAUGCCAAGCUCCUCUUUGCGCACCCGCCGCCAGGUACCGACCCCGACGACUUCAAUGCGGCGCAGCGGGCACGGGCGCGCGCAGCACUGGCCGGCAGACGCUUUGCUCCCACUGCUGCCGUCCCAAGCGGCGAGCAGACAAUCGAAGAGGGACAGGACCUCGACGACAUUGGCCUCGAGUCAUUCAACGGCGAUGGCCUCGUGCCAGCGCCGGCGCCGCAGGGCAAAAAGAGCUCGGCUCUCGACCGGGCCUUCUUCGACAGUGGAGCAUCGGCAAGGCCUGCAUACAAGGGUAGAGCCAGGCCGGCAACGGACGCGCUGAGGGGACGCAUCAAUCCCGACGGCACGGCUGCUGCCACCAAGGCCGACGGCUCGUCGUCGACGCAGCCGCCGGCUGGCAUGAAUGCAGGCAAGAAGCACUUCAAGGGCAACAAGCGCAAGAAGCAGAGGAGCGGCCAGGGCUAUGCUUAGUUGCAGUGACAGUAGUACAAUGAAGAGGGAGUAAAAAAGGAAAAAAGGGGGCAGAUCUAGAUUGGCUUGACCU